GUGAAAGGUGAAGUGGGGUUCCCUUACGAUAAUGAACUGUUUACAAACAAAUACUAGGAGUUGACAGCUUGUUAAGUUAGCAACGAAAUCAUUUUUAUGCGAAACUAGCUUACAUGCAAUGGAUGAUCGCUAGUUUGUCCAUGCAAAGUAAUACUGACGACGCAAUGGCAAAUAAUUGCUACCCAUUGAAGCCGAAAAUUUCCGAAACUGACGAUCAGCAUGAACGUUUGACGUCGAGACACAUUGAAACGCUGGGAUUUCUUCAGGAAGUUGUCCGAGAGAACAAGCGAUUGAAGGCGACUGUGGAUGAAUUGCAGGUAACACUGUCUUCCCGAGAAGAACUCUUUGAGGUCACGAGAACUAGCAAAGAGAGAAUCAAGAAGUUUCAAGAAGAAUGUCUUCAGAAGAUUAAAAAGAGUAAGGAAGAACUUGUCAAGCGGCAUAAUGAGGAGAUAAUGAAACUUGUGGCCGAUAAAUUGGAGACGGAAAAUGUAUGGCUACAAGAAAGAAAAAAGGUAAUGAAAUCACCGCUCUAUGGCUGCCGACUAUUAUUUCAUCAAGAAUCGAGACCGCUUUUCCUCAAUUAAUUCGCAAAUUAAAUCGGUUUCUGCAGAUGGGUCGCUAGCAUUCUUCAUGCCUGGUAACAACUUAUACUCAUCUUGGAUCCCAGCAUUUAUUAACAAGGGAGAGAUCACAAAUGCAGAGGUGUAGUUUAUUGCCAUUUCAGAGUGGACUAAUUCACCAUUUCUGGCUUUGCAUUGUUACUAUUUUCAAAAACAAUGACAAGUAAAAACAAAAUGUAGAAA